CAAUAAAAUUCAGGAAACUGAGUAAAGAGUUGAGUUUCCUACUGAAUGAGCCUCACAUGAAGUCAGCUCAGCUUAUUGAGUUCAAUACUGGAGAAAACAUCUUCGUCCACUUAACUCUUUAUAUUUUGAAACCUGUGAGAAAAUAUGCUGAUAAUGGAAGUUAUGAUGAGCACGGUGAUAAUUUAAGCGCCAACUCUGAAUCAAAGGAGUCACUCACUUCAGAGUCAGCCUCUCAAUCCAAAACUAUAGCAUCAGUAUAUACCGACUUAGAGUAUCCAGUAUCAUGUGCUGGGGACAGUGGAAGUCCCAACUCUGAAACUAAUCCUUUUACUAUGACAUCAGAAAACACUUGUGAUAAUUCAG